AUUUCCUUUCAGUGAUGCGUCGCAAAACGAGCGGCAGUGUAAGUACGCCGGAAAAAUCCACCCCACGUCGUUCCACGCGUGGCCGUGUCCGGCGUUCACCGUCGAAAUCGCCCGAACCAGAACCGGAUACCGAUGAGCGGGAGUACGGUGCUAGUGCGCAGGAUGAGGAGAAAAACAGUAGCUCGGAGGAAGAAACUACUAGCCGCAAGGGUGGUGCGAGAGGUCGUGGAGCACGCGGCAGAAGUACACCAUCACGGCGCAAAACGGAAGAUACACCACCACCGUCCCGCACCCGGCGUAAUAGUCGCCGUGAGAAGGAGACGCUGGAAGAGCAACCCGUACUCGAGCCGGAUGCACGGGAAGGGGUAGAAGAAAAUGGUGCUGAGAGUAAAGCAGCGCCGGACGUCGAGCAGCCAGAUGCGGCUGUCUUGGCAACGACGGAAGAGGUGAUGGAACCGAUUCCGGAAGAGACUGCCGAAGAGCUGCAAUCGUCCGAUACGGUUGAAGAACGGAACGUUGUACAGGACGAACCGGAUGGAACUGUACGUGACGGCGACAGAGAGCGCGAGGAAAGGAGCGAAAGUCCACUUGCCAAGCGUGAGGAUUCGGAAACAGAGCCGAAAGCAUCAGAAGAAACCACCGUAGAAAAGGUAAGUCAUACAAAUGGUGAUGAAGAGGAGAAGGUGGAAGAAGAAAGGGAUAAAGGCAACGGCAGGCGCAAUGUAAAUGAACCGGAAGAUGCUCGCGAUGAUAGCAAAGCGGUCGUUAACAAUCGUUCUCGAACAAGGCAAGAAAGCGAAUCCAACGAAAGUGGACCAGAAGAAGAACAAAAGGAUGAGGAGGAGGAGGAGGACGAUCCGAGAGCGGCAAAAAGAAAUGACAGAGACACGAAGCAACAGAAACGCGUUGCACCGGCGGAAGAAUCAAUGGAUGCAGAUGGUGCCACGUCAGGUACGGAAGAGGAAUCGAAAGAUGCUGAUUCUAUGCUAAAGGAUUCUAAAGAAUCGGAUCGUUCAAAGAGGGAUACAGACACAACGCCACCAAAUCAGUCACAAGAUGUGGUGGCGCCCCCUGCCAAGGACGAUCCGAACGAGGACGAAUUAGAAGCGGGUGAAAUAAAAGACACCGAUCCGGGUGCGUCCGAGUCGAACGCCAAUGAGGAAAGCGCGGUAAAGGAAGCACCUCGUAUUAGACCCCUUCAGCGUAAACGGCGCUGGCUUUCGUCGAAAAAUGCCGAUAGCAAACCGACCGUCAUUACCAUAUCGACGGAUUCAUUAAAAAAUAUAAUUUCCGACGUUAAACCCGUUCCGUUGGCGGAUGUGAAACUUGAAUCCUCGCCGGAACCGGAAGGUGCCGAUGAAGCGACUAGUGCGGAUGAAAACGAAAAAGAUCGCACCAAACACAAGCUUCGUGAGUCGAACGAAUCGUCCACACAACUACAACAACAGCAAGCAUUGCCACAAAGACGACGCUUAUCGAAAUCCGCCGAAAAGGAGAAUAUCGCUGUCGAAGGAACCGAUGCCGAUACCAAUGGUGGUGAGUCAACCACGGUGUUGGCAAAACAGAAACCUACAGUGGCUGAAAAGAUCACCCUGUCCCGCAAGAUCAGUAUCGUAAGCGAUGAUGGAAGUACGGUGGGAACGACGGCACCAGUCGUAAGACCACCCAGUCCUGCAAAGCACCUUACGAGCAAUAUAUUGUACAUUACAAACCUGGUCCGACCGUUUACUGUGCUGCAGCUGAAGGGGUUGCUUGCGCGGACGGGCAAAAUUGUAGAGAAUGGAUUCUGGAUAGAUAAAAUCAAAUCAAAAUGCUACGUCAAGUACGAAACGGAAGAUGAAGCAACAGAAACGCGUCACGCUCUUCACGGUAUCCGUUGGCCGGUUUCCAAUCCGAAGUGUUUGGUGGUAGACUUCGGCAGUGAAGAAGCGAUGGAUAAGGCCAUUCUUUCGACCCUCGAGGAUGGUGCACUUCGGGCUACUAUGGAGGGUGCGAAGGAGGGUAAAGAGUUCGGAUGGUCGCGUGAUGCUACAAAGAAGGAGGAGACUGUGCGUCGCGUACGUGAAUGGGAUCUUGGCAAGAAGGAUGCGUUUGAUCCGGAACGUGAUGGCAGAGGAGCAGGACGUGAUCGUGAGGUUGCUGGAUUGACUGACAAGGACAAGAUGGCGGAUCGGACUGGACGGGAUCGGGAGCGGGGACGUGAAACAGAGGAAGGACAGCGUGAUGGAAGAGGCAACCCGGCCCGACCCGACGGAGGAGCCCCCGGUGAUCGCAGCCUAGAACGGAAACGAUCAGCGGAACGUGAAUUCGGACGGGAAAGAAGACGCAGCACGAGUGUAUCACCAGCGCGAAAAUUCAAAAAGAAGGAAAACGAACCUCCGAUAAGACUGUUGGAUGAUUUGUUCAGAAAAACCAAAACCACACCAUGCAUAUACUGGUUACCGCUGACAACUGAACAGAUCGCUAUAAAGGAAGAGCAGCGGCGCAAAAAUAUGGCCGAACAUCAGCGCCGUCUCGAGGAGCAGCGAAAGCAGGAGGAAGAGCGAGACCGUGAACGGAAGCGCGAACGGGAACGGCGCGAUCGGGAACGGGAGCGUGAACGCGAACGGGAUCGUGAGCGUGAUCGCGAACGUGAUCGGGAACGUGAUCGCGAACGCCGUCGGUCGCGCUCCCGGGAACGCAGCCGUGGUGACGAUGGUGGUGGUGGUGGUGGUGGUAGCCGACGAAGGCACAGAUAA